GUUUCUGCUCUGCUAUUCGGCACAAACCGAGUCGUGAUCACUUGGUGGAGCCGUGGGUGGACAGCCGCCCUCCCCUGUUUACCUCACCGUCGUCAACCCCCCUUUUUCUCGGUGCUGGGAUCAUUGUCCAGCUCCUCGCGGGUCACUCACGACCAUUUUGGUUUUUCUUACUUAUCGGCCAGCUUGUUUUAGUUUCGUCGACUAAAUCAGCGGAUGACGUCGACAUUGCAUCUCAAAGGUUGAAUUAGGAGGGUGUUGUGGCGCUGCUGGUGGAUUUUCCCUUUCCUCCGUUCCUGGCCCUCGGGGAAAUUCCGUAUUCGACGUCACAUGAGUAAUGUUUCGGGACUAUGACACGAAUGGGAAGUAACUCGAAAGGAGCCCGUGCUUCCAGGUGGCGGAGGUAUUUCUCAGGGUGAGUGUUUGAGCGAGAUACCACGAAAGGAGCCGGAGGAAGGCUAGGCCAAGCUAAUCGGGCUAGCUGGCUAGUUGGAGGAAGUUGGUCGAUCCCGGACAAAGAGUUAAAAAUAGAGCUGUGGACUUUUAAGUUCCAGGUGGGCUAUCCCCCAACGUUAGGCUUCUAAAGCAGGGAAACACGAUCAAGUAGUUACGGCGAGUCGAACCGUAAACAAAAGGACUCCCCUGCGACUCGCUUCUACCACUUAACUUUACCGGGGAUCCCCGGGGAUCCUCCCUCCUCUUCGUUCUCGUUCGUAAGAGAUUCUACCCCAAACAUGGAUUUAAAGACGGCGGUGUUCAACGCGGCCAGAGACGGAAAGCUCCGCUUACUCGAAAAGAUCCUGGAGAACAAAGAUGUACGCGAAGUGAGCAAGUUAAUGGGCGAGAAGACAAACGGCGCCACGCCGCUCCUCAUGGCCUCCCGCUACGGUCACCUGGACCUGGUGGAGUACCUGCUCGAAUGUUGCCGGGCGCCCGUUGAAGUCGGUGGCUCGGUCAACUUCGACGGGGAGACCAUCGAGGGUGCCCCGCCGCUCUGGGCCGCAUCGGCCGCCGGCCACCUGAAGGUGGUGCAGUCGCUGCUUGGCCACGGUGCCUCCGUCAACAGUACGACGCUGACCAAUUCGACCCCGCUGCGGGCGGCUUGCUUCGACGGCCACUUGGACAUCGUCAGGUACUUAGUAGAGCACAAGGCCGACCUGGAGGUGGCUAACAGGCACGGGCACACUUGCCUUAUGAUAUCCUGCUACAAGGGACACAAAGAGAUAGCGCAGUACCUGCUGGAAAGAGGCGCCGACGUCAAUAGGAAGAGUGUUAAAGGUAACACUGCGCUUCACGACUGCGCCGAGUCGGGCAGUCUGGAGAUUAUGCGGAUGUUGCUGCAAUACCGUGCGUCCAUGGAGCAGGACGGUUACGGCAUGACGCCGCUGCUGUCCGCCAGCGUCACGGGCCACACCAACAUUGUUGACUACCUAACCGCGCACAAGCAGACGAGCCACAAGGAGCGCAUCGACGCACUGGAGCUCCUGGGGGCCACCUUUGUGGAUAAAAAGAGAGACCUGCUGGGAGCUUUGAAAUACUGGAAAAAAGCCAUGGAUUUUAGAUACAUAGACAGCAACUGCGUGGUCCAUAAACCCGAACCCAAGCAGCGGAUCAUGGCUUACGACUAUGCCCGUGAGGUGACAAACGCAGAGGAACUAGACGGGCUCAUAUCCGACCCGGACGAGAUGCGCAUGCAGGCCUUGCUCAUCCGCGAGCGAAUUCUGGGCCCGCAACACCCGGACACGUCCUACUACAUCCGGUACCGCGGUGCCGUGUACGCCGACUCGGGCAACUUUGAGCGCUGUAUCAACUUGUGGAAGUACGCCUUGGACAUGCAGCAGAGCAAUCUGGACCCCCUGAGCCCCAUGACAGCGUCCAGCCUGCUGUCGUUUGCCGAGCUCUUCUCCUUCAUGCUGCAGGACCGCGCUAAGGGCCUCUUGGGCACGUCUGUCUCCUUCAAAGACCUGAUGGGCAUCCUGUCCAAAAGCGUGCUGGAGAUCGAACGCGCCGUCGGCCAGAGGCGCUCGCUGCCGCUGGAUCCUGCCCAGCUCAGCAAGGCGCUGUCUAUCAUCCUGCAUCUCAUCUGUCUCUUGGAAAAAGUGCCGUGCACCACGGAGCAGGACCACUUUAAGAAGGAGACCAUCUAUAGGUUUUUAAAGCUGCAGCCACGUGGCAAGAACGGCUUCAGCCCGCUCCACCUGGCCGCCGACCGCAACACCACCUGCGUGGGCCGCUACCCGGUCUGCAAAUUCCCCUCGCUCACAGUCACCGCCAUCCUGCUCGAGUGCGGCGCCGACGUAGAUAGUCGAGAUGACGACCACAACAGCCCACUCCACAUCGCCGCGUCCAACGGCCACGCCGACAUCAUGAACCUGCUGGUGUCAGGCGGCGCUCACUUUGACAGCACCAACACCUUCCAGCAGACGGCCUGUGAGCUCCUGGACGAAAAGGAGCUGGCGCGCAAUGUCGUCCAGCCCAUCAACCACACCACGCUUCAGUGCCUGGCCGCCCGCGUCAUCGUCAAGCACAGUCUCCACUACCAGGGGAACAUCCCGGAAAAACUGGAGGCCUUCGUGCUGCUCCACAGAUAAUGACUGGAAGUCAAAAAUGGCGAAUUGAACUCCAACUCAAUGGAAUAAACAAGAUUGGAUUAGCAACUUGGAUUUGUAUUUUUUUUUUUUUUGCUCCAGGAAAAAAACUUGGCAUAUUUACACAAAUGCUAUUUAUUAUCCCAGAAGACUUGAGAGAUUUUUCUCCAUGCAACGAAAACAAAAGAUGCUGUUUUUUGCUGGGACUUUUCAGGUCUUUGAUUUUUCUUCCUCGUCCCAUCAUAGUUGCCAACAACGUUCUCAAUCGUGUUUAUAUUUUUCAUUUCUACAAAGCUGGUGUGGAUUCUACAGCAGAAGCCAUUUAAAAAAAAUAAAAGCUUUACAUUUAGAAGGCAAAGCUGGCUACGGGGUCCGCUAACACCAUAAGUGCUUUAUUCAAUUCCUUCUAUGCACAGGCUAGGCUGUUGGGAAGUGACUGUUUUUCAUUCUCUCGUCUGUGGCAUAUAACUCAUUUGCGUUUACUUCAUUACUGCCGUCGGGAUUCCCCUUUUGUCCGAUCCCAAAAAGGCCAUCUUUUGACCGCAGUGUUCCAAGAUGGCUGGCGCCGCUGUUUUUUUCGUUUCUCAACCUUAAAGCUUUCCGAAUGAUCAUGUUUGCACAUUCUCGCUUUUUUUAAUUAGACGUGAAGCUUUUGAAUGGCAGAGAUAAGAAAAAAGGGCUUUUCAUCAUUUGUUGGAAUUCAUAUCACAGUGGAUAUCCCCCAAUUUUUCUUCCCCCGGACAGUUUGAAAUGGGGGAAAAAAAUGUAUGAUGACUCCCAGGGGCAACUUGGUCUGAAUCAGCACUUUACUUACAGCGGAGAUUAAGACGUUAAUCCUGAUUGCAUCUUAAUGAAUCAGUUUGACAAUAAACCUAUGUUGCACUUGG